AUGUACAAAGAUGUGCCGAUAACCUGGUGGUCUUCGCCGCGCGCCUCGCUCUCGUGCGUGGUGCCUGACGCAGACAGGAUCGUUGCGAGGCGUCCGCCGCCACCCCUCAACACCGACGACAAACCGCGACCUAGACAGCCCUACUUAUGGCGCAAGGGCAAUGAGGAUUUGAAACGAGUACUAAGUAACGGCGCAUUGGAGGUGUUGCGCAAGAAAGAUGGCAGCAGCGAAGGAGACUACCAGUGUGCGGUCAGGCACACCGCUGGGUUAGUGCUCGGGUUCCCGCUGCGCCUCAAAUUUGCUUAUUUGGAUAAGCAGUUCUCGGCACACCCCGAGAAUACGACGGCAUGGAUCGGCCAGCCUUACGUGCUGAGUUGUGAUAUCAACUCGGGGCCAGCUGCCACCGUCUCCUGGCAGAAGGAUGGUGAUGCCCUGCCAAAUAAUAAUAGAUAUCAUGUGCUGAAGAAUCAGCUAUUAAUCCUGGACGUGCAGAAAGAAGAUGCUGGGUUAUACAGGUGUAAAGCAACAAACUCAUACGCCAAUAGAACAAGGAUAAGUCAUGGGGGGAGACUUCAGGUCGAAUACUACUCUGGUUUCGACCACGUUGAGCCUUCCAUGUUACCUAUACAGCAGGACAGUAUCAUCACCGCUAAGAAAAGGGACACUGUGAUUCUAGCUUGUCCUGUGACAGGAUUUCCUAAGCCUACGCUGAUAUGGCAGUUUACACCGCCAGGAGAAAGAACCGGCGAAUUGGAAUACGUUGGUGAGGUUCUGACGCUGCAGAUUCUUGACAUGUACGAAGAAGGGGUGUACUCUUGUCAUGUGGAAGGACACACAAACCUGUUCAAG